AUGCAGCCCCUGAAAUCCUGGACAGACAAAAUGAUUGCGCUAGCAGAUUCCACGAACAGCGAGAGCGCUGGUUCGAGCGGGCAGACCUGCAAAGCUCUAGGCUGCACCAGGCCGACUUUUGAUGGUUUUCCUGGCUAUUGCAGCAGAACCUGCAGGAAUCGUGACAAGAUCUGCCGGGCGGUCGGUUGCGAAAGGCCGACAUACGACGGCCAGCCUGGCUACUGCAGCAAAAGUUGCCGCGACAGUGAGACUGCAGGCUCGACGGUGCUUGAGCCGAAGAGCUUUCCCUUCAAGUGGACGUUGUACGAGAAGGAGAAGUCAAUCGGUGUGUGUGCAUUUUACUUCCCCGGAUACGAGACUGCAUGGGACAAGGAUUGCGGCUGCAGCUUCCUGGGCAACUUCUAUCCUGCGAGCAUCAGCCUCACCAUCCGCGGCAAGUCAACACAAUUUCGAAAUGCUGAGGCAGCCUUUCAAGCCUGCAAGUUUCCUGCGAGGGCAUCCGAAUUCGCAAGUUGCGAUGGAUGGCAGGCAUUCCGACUUCGAUCCGAUUGCGCUGGUGAGGGAGAAGCAGAUGCACGCUUUGGCGGCUUCGGUAGUAACUGGAGAGCAAUGCGAGCCGUGCUCAUGGAGAAGUUCAAAGAUCGGAAGCUGCGAGAAGCGUUGUUGAAGACAGGCGAUUGUUUCUUGCUGGAGCACAAUGAAAGAGUUGGUCGGGAUGAGUUUUGGUCUGACAACGGCAAUGGAACGGGCGUGAAUGCGCUCGGCCUGCAGCUCAUGUUGAUUCGGGAGGACCUGUUGAAUGCUGGAGGUGCCACUCGGUGGACACGCUAUUUGAAAGACCACGUAGAGCAGGGGGAUUCUAUCGACGUGGACACUGCAUGGCGCCAGCUGGUCAGAGCAGCAUCUGCUGAAGUUCGACAACAAGUGCUGAGAAGGACAUUGCCUGAAGCCCUACAGAAGGAGGCUGAGGCUGAUUCCAAUGCUGCAGCAACGAAGUUUUCGAACAUCAACAUCGAGAAGGAAGGCUGCGAAGGCAAUCCAAGCAAGCUCACCAGCACUGCCGGGCCAACACUGCUGACUAGCCAGGCGACCAACCAGCUCAGCGAGUGGAAGAUGCCGCCUGCCACCCAGACCCCAAGCUCCGACCGAACGGUGCGUGGACAACCUCAACGGCAGCUACAGGCGCAGGAGGACUACGGAACCGGCACCACGGCGGCCAGUCAUCGCAGCGAGGGCAAGAUGUCGACAGUCAGCGAGGACUACAGAAGCGGCACCACGGCGGCCAAUCAUCGCAGCGAGGGCAAGAUGUCGACAGCCAGCGAGACCCCAAGCUCCUACUCGGUGCUUGGACACUCUCAGCAGCUACAGGAGAGCUACUGCAACGGCACCGCAGCUGCCAAUCAUCACAGCGAGGGGAAGAUUCAGAUGCCUGCCAGCCAGGCACAGUGGCCUCCUGCACCGACACCAAAGGUUGAUGCACCACCUGCAUACGCACCACCGCCGGAGGCAGAUUGCGGCUUGGCACCCAUGGACGUGGAAGCCCAGGAGCCGCUUAUGCGCUCCGUGCAGCUGCCCGGCCACGAUACAGGCUACAGAUGUGUUGAACACAGAAGAGUGGUAGAAAUGCUGCCAAGUCUGGCCAGAAGAGUCAUCAGGUCCAGGACGACAGCAGUGCGCUCCGGGCCCUUCCCGGAGAAGACUGCUUCAUCUUCUGCAAGGCAGUGGCGGAAUGGGAAUACUGGGAAUCCGCUGGUUCAGCCUCCCUGGCGCCGAUAG